GGAAUUAAAGUUCUAAAAUAAAUAAGAUUUAAUGUAACCAUUUAAAGCAUGUGGUGUUGUAAAUCUUGUUUAAAUACUUUGUAUUGUGUUACUUAAUAUCAUUUAAAAUCUCUAUGCAUGGAUAAUUCAAUAUUUGUGAUAUGGCACAAAAAUGUGGAAUUUUAUUGGUAUUUAGAUGAACUUUUUCUGGACAUAUAGGUUUAGAAAUAUCAGCACAGAUAUCCUAUGAGGAAUAACAUGGAAUGAGUAGACAAAAUUGUUUGAGUGCCUAUGACAAGGACUUACAAAUUCACAAGAAAACAUUGUAGAAACAACAGGGAUAUGCAUUGAGAAGAUUAAAGUAGAAAGAGAUUAAGAUCCAGAUUAACUUGUGGCUUUAAGGAUUAACUGUGAGGUUUUUGGAUCAUUGUUUUCCAAUUGAAAAAAUAAGCAGUUUUGAAGAUGAAUAAAACACCUAAGAUUAAGAGAGCUGAGCCUGUGUUUAAGACUCCCAUGACUUAUAGUCCUAGGAUUGUAGGGAACAAGCCAGUUCCUUCGCCAUCAAGAGCAGAGUUAUGGAAGCAACAAUUAGGAUUUGAUGUUGAUCCAGAAGGAGGGGAGACAACUGAUUCAGAAUCAGAAGAUGAAACACGAAACAAAGAGAAUGAAAACUUUUCUGUAGUUGAAUACCAUGCACUGCAGAAAGAAUUGGAUGAAAGAAAUACACAGAGGGAUGAACUGUUGUUUAAAAUAAAGACUUUGACAGAUAAGAACAAGCAUUAUAAAUCACGUCUGGAGAAGGAGGAGCUAACUAAACGACAACAAAUGAAGAUCCUAUGUAAAAGUCAGGAGACACAACUCCAAGAGAAGGAUAACCUCAUCGGUAAUCUACAAAGUAUUAUUGAGGAACAUGAAGAACAACUCAUUGACAUGGAACACAAAAUUAAUGUAUUAUUGAGGAACAUGAAGAACAACUCAUUGACAUGGAACACAAAAUUAAUGGUAAGUAAAAGUCAGGAGACACAACUCCAAGAGAAGGAUAAACUCAUCGGUAAUCUACAAAGUAUUAUCGAGGAACAUGAAGAACAACUCAUUGAUAUGGAACACAAAAUUAAUGGUAAUAUGAAUACCAUCCCUCCAGGUAGUUAUAAACAACAUUCAUCUGUUAAACUUAUAGAAGACAUCAAGAGACUUCAAAUAGAGAAAACAUCACUCACAACAAAACUGGAAACAAUUACAUCAGAAAUGGACAAUCAUUCUUGUUCUUCUAAGGGGGAUAACUCUAGCGACAUUAGUGACUUGCAACAAGUUAUAGAAAGACUGGAAGAUAAAAAUCGUAAAUUAGAACAAGAAUUGCAAUUAUAUAAAAUUCAUGAAAAUGAUAAUACAGGACCGUGUCAUACUGACACAGAAAAACAAGUGGACAAAUUACAGACGGAUAAUGAUAAGUUACAUGAAGAAAUAGAGGAUUUAAAACGGACAAACAGUCGGACAUCAGAUCUGUUUAAGUUGAGUACUCAGGAACAACAACAGUUACAAGAUGAUCUAGUCAAACUGAGCUCAGAAAUCAAAAUAUUUGAUGAAAAAAUAACAAAAAAGAAUAGUGAAUUACAUAAAUUACAGGCAAGACAUAGAGACGAAGUCAGUGAUUUAAAAAAUCAAAAUCAGGAACUGUCGCAGAAAGUCAGGAAUCUUCAGGCAGAGAUUAUGUCACUGCAGGCAAAAAGUCCAGAAGUAGUGACAAAAAUAAAGAAGGUAGAAGUCCAGAUAGAAUCAGAGCAGUUGAAGAGUUCUUACAUCUCCAGUCAACAAGACAAAGAUGUCUUACAGUCCAAACUGACCAGUGUCCAGUUAGAAAUUGAAGAGUGUAAACAAAAAUUGACAUUGUCUCACAGCAAUAACACUCAAUUACUUGAACAGGUACAACAUUGGCAGAAUCAGUAUUCAAAUCUAGAGUCAGAAUCAGAAGUAGCACUUCAGGCAGCAGCAGAAGACAAGGAGAGAACAGUAGCAGACGUCAGAGAAGCCAUGAAAUCAUCCAUGCAUAACCUACAGAACCAGUAUGAUGUCAUGUGCCAAAAAGUCAGUGUAUUAGGGUCAUUGUACUCUGAUUUGACAGAGUCAUAUAUACUAAUAGAAAAACAGGCUAAACAGUUUCCCAAAAUCAUAAAGAAAACUGUCACUGAUGUAACAAAACAGACAACAAAAGCAAUAAGUGAAAUAAAUGAAUACAAUAAAGAAUUAGUGAAGAAAUAUCACAGAGAGAUGUUCUUAAGAAAGAAAUACCAUAAUGAACUCGUAGAACUAAAAGGUAAUAUUAGAGUGUUCUGUAGAGUGAGGCCUAAAAUCAGGGAGGAUGGUAGUGGUGCUAUGGCAAAUGAUGUCAUAGAUUAUGAUAGAGAUGAUGAUGGGUUGCUGUACGUGGCCAAUAAAGCCAGAACUCAGACAUUUGAAGUAGAUAAAGUCUUCACACAAACAAGCACUCAACCAGAGGUAUUUGAUGAAGUGAAGGCUUUAGUAACAUCCUGCAUUGAUGGUUACAAUGUGUGUAUCUUUGCCUAUGGUCAGACCGGCUCAGGGAAAACAUUUACUAUGGAGGGACCACAAAGUGAUCCAGGUAUAAAUCAACGAGCAUUGAAGGAAUUAUUCAGUGAAACGUCAACCAGGGGAGGCGACUGGCAGUUUACAAUUACUGUCAGUGCUAUAGAAAUUUAUAAUGAAAUGAUCAGAGAUCUGUUAAGUGAAGAUCCGUCCUAUAAGAUGGAAGUGAAGAUGAAUCCCGACGGAGGUGGGCUAUAUGUUCCUGGUCUGUCCUUUGUUGAAGUCAGUACUGUAGCACAUGUCAAUGAGGUAUUUUCUAUUGGUCAGAAGAACAGAGCCACAGCAACAACAAACAUGAAUGAACAUUCGUCCAGAUCACAUGCGUUACUAUGUGUUACUGUGACAGGGGUCAAUAGGACAACAAACACUAAAACUAGUGGUAAACUGAACUUGGUAGAUUUAGCAGGCUCAGAGAGAGUGAGUAAAUCAGGAGCUGAUGGUACUCGUCUGAAGGAGGCUCAGAAUAUCAAUAAAUCUCUGUCUUCUCUGGGAGAUGUUAUACAUGCCUUAAGGUCUAAACAGAACUUUGUACCCUACAGAAACUCCAAGCUCACAUAUCUAUUACAAGAUAGUUUAGGUGGGGAUAGCAAGACCUUAAUGAUAGUACAGGUUGCUCCUGUCGAGAAAAAUGUGGCAGAAACUAUUUGUAGUUUGAACUUUGCUCAACGGGUCAGAACUGUGGAAUUAGGUCAAGCUAGUAAGAAGGUGGAAUCAGGAGAAGUUGAGAUGGAUAUUGGAGCCAGUACACCAAGUAAAUCAUCAACUCCAUUGAAGCAGAACAUUGGUGGUUCAGCCUAUACACCAAUCAAAAAUAGCAGCAGCACACCAACACUACGAAAUUAUACUGGUACCCCUAUAGGAAGUACCACGCCUAACCAAUCAACACCAAAUAAAGGGGGGACACCAGUUGCCUCUAAAUAUCCUAGAAGAAAGUGAUCAAUUUAUAAACAGUUAAUCUGCAAUGAAAAGAUAAUCUCAGUUAAAUUACCAUGUGGAAGUUCAGCUACUAAUAUUGUGUUCAAUUUUGAUGUAAAAAUUGUUUUGUUUUCAUUUUUUAUAUAUGUUUUUUGUUUUUUUCAAAAGCUAAUUAAUGACAAUUUUCAUGUGACCAUAAAUUCCCUUUACAAUGUCAACAUAUUUUACAUAUUGUGUACAGUUCCUAAAAUUCUGUGAAAGGAAGUAUACUUAUCAAGUUGACAAUGAUUUAGAUAGAGAAAUCCUGAUUUUAACUGGAAAAUAUACUUUAUUUCUAGAAUUUAUUGCCAUUUCAUAUUUUAUAGACUACUGUGAAAGUACUUUAAUUCGUGGGUAUCAAUUUUCGUGGUUUGAGCAAUAUUUACAUGUUCGUGGGUUUUUAAAUUCGUGGAUUUUAGUUUUCUAAAAAAAAAAAAGUGAAAAAUUAAAGCCUUUAGAAACGAAGGUUACAAACAGUCUGGUUUGAAGGAAAUUGCAAAGUAAACAUUGACCCGUGUAAAUCGUAGUGGUAACACUAAUUAACCCAUGAUAAAGUGAUCAACAGAUUAAAGACCACCAAAGGUCUUAAUUAGGCCAUAAACAUGUCACCUAAAGAAAACAGUAACAUAAACAAAUGCUAUAAAAAGUAAAAUCACAAAAAUACUGAACUCAGAGGAAAAUCAAUUUGGAAAGUCCAUAAUCACAUGGCAAAAUCAAAAAACAAAACGCAUAAAAAACGAAUGGACAAGAACUGUCAUAUUCCUGACUUGGUACAGGCAUUUUCAAAUGUAGAAAAUGGUGGAUUAAACCUGGUUCUAUAGCGCUAACCCUCUCACUUUAAUAACAGUCUCAUCAAAUUCCGCUACAUUUACAUGAUGCGUUAAAUAAAGUCACAAUUAAUAAAAUAGUCAAAUUAUGGGUACAUCAGUCAUCAUCGUAUAACAAUUUUAAAAGGAACAAUUUAACAGGACACAAAAACAUCUACUAUCUACGAACACAUGGAUUGAUAUGAGUGUCUGACGUCAGAAAAAUUAUAUGCGUCACAUAAAUUUGUCGUUCAAUGUGCAUACAAACAAUUUUAAAAUUUACAUAGGCAAUGUACGCAUACAGGGUUAAAAAAUCAAAAGUAUGUAAGAAUAAAUUACAGAAAUAGACCGAGAUUCAAACUAGUCCAAAAGUUAUACAUAGAAUUUAUGAGAAUCCAAAACUUUUAAAAGGAACAAUUUAACAGGACACAAAAACAUCUACUAUCUACGAACACAUGGAUUGAUUUGAGUGUCUGACGUCAGAAAAAUUAUAUAAACGUAUCUUGAAUUGUCAAAUAAUUCUUAUCAAAAUCAAGCCCAGCAUGAAAUGAUUAUUUCCCAUAUGUACGAGAACUAGGAGGAUUUAAAAUUAACACUUUAUCAUACUAGCAUAUCAAGUCCGGAAAUCUAACUUUCAUCGAUCAAAAAUAUUUUUUAUGAGAAUUUAAAGAUCAAAAGUUGUACAGUUUAGGUUAUUACAGAUUAAAUGGGUAUAAUCCUGCAUGUGGUUGUAGUUCUGUAACUGCUCUUAAAGUAUUCUCAGAUUUGGCGUUAUUCAAUAUGUUCUCUAGAUCAUAUUGAUCAGUUACUGUAGUCAAACCUACCGAUGGGGAUCUUUCCAUGUCUUGAUUUGGAUAAUGGUUGUUUUAUUUCGUUGGACACUUAAAUUCGUGGAUAAAGUCAUCCACGAAAUCCACGAAAAUUGGUACCCCACGAAUAAAAGUACUUUCACAGUAUCACAAAUUACCUUGUUUACUUUAUUUUUUAAACUUGUUGAGUAUAGAUUUGGACAAAAGACAUGAAUUAUAUGUGUAUAUAUUGAAGUAAAAAGUUUGAAAUGUAAUUAUGUGCUUAGUGCUUUAUGAAUAUGUGCCUUGUAUUUAAACAAAUAGUGAUAUGACCAAUGUAUAAAGCUUUUAUUUACAAAGUGACUUUGUUAAGAAUGAUGUGAUAUAUCUUUGACAAUGUUAUAAAUCUUGUGAUGUGAUAGAGUUAGACUUUAAGGUUUUUGUUUUUGUUUGAGUGAACCUUUCAUUGUAAUUAGUUCACACAUCUUUACUUGCCAAGUUCCAAAAAUUAAGGACUGAGAUUUACAAAUUCUUUUUUGUCUUGUAGAUCUUGAAUGUAAGAUUCAUUAAAAAAAAAUAUCAUAUCAAAGUAGUGUAAUAGUUAAGUUGUAGAUAAUUUUUCAUAAGAUUUUCAAGAUACUUCAUGUAAGGCUAUUUUUCUUGAUGAAAAUAUUUGCCAUAAAACCCUAGUCGGAGUAAAUGGGUCUAGUCAACAUAACGAGUUGUUACAUACUAUUGUAGUUACAGGUAGAUCUUAGAUGGAUUUAGAUUAGAUUAAGAUUGGUUGAAUUUUAUUUUAUGUACACAUUUAUUGUUCUACAUCUAGAUUUUUUUGGCAUACUCUUGUAUGGGUUUUUGUUUUUGUUUAAUAUGUUCUAUUGGACAUAGAUAAUUUGACUUUUAGGAACAUGAGCCCUAUUGAGCAUGAAUUGUAAUUUUUUUACUUUUUUGAAUGUCAGCAAUAGAAUUUUAUAUUUUUUUAAUUCAUGUAAGUAUUGAGUCCUGCAUUUUCAAACAGGUACUUGUUAAUCUUUCUUUUCUUUUUUCCAAUAUCAAGAGCAUUUAAUAGUUAUCAAAAGUACAUGGCUUAUAAUUUGAUUUGCCAGACACUGGUUUCAUCUUCAUAAGACUCAUCUUAUUUUUAACUUACCUUUAUUUGAAUAUUCUUGCCUUUCUGCUUUUUCUCACCUGCCCAUUAAAAUGUGUUAAUUCCCCUUUUUUUCAUGUGAAUAUUAAUCUUUUUCAAUAGAAUAUCUCAAAACAAACCAAUGCUAAUGCUGUAUGGUUGAGAAUUUUUAUCAAAUUUUUACUGUUUUAAAUCAACAGAUCUGCAAAGAAAGAUAACUCUUGAAUCAAAGAAUGCAUCACAAAUUGAGAAUUUGUCUACACCCUAUGGUAGAGCUCCACUAUUAAUGGGUGGAAAUACAAGACACUAUGUUAACUACAGCAUGAUCCAUAUUUAAAAAAAAAGGAUAUUUGUGCAUAGUUUUGCUGGUAUAUUACUGGUCAUUAAGUAUUUCAAUAUUUAAUUCAAAAAUUCUAUUCAUAGUGAAAUGCAUUUCAUAAACUAUGAAAUCCAUAGAAAUGACGAUAAUAUUUUACAGUAUUUAAGAGAGAAUUUAUUUGCCUUGAACGUAGAUUUUUUGUUUAAAGUCUGAAUUUUAAUACUUAGAUAUUCCCUCUUGGUCUGUGCUGGAUAAGACGUGACAAACUCUUUGCUCUGAUCAUAGAAUAGAGAAUGGAAACGGGGUAUGUUUGGAAGAACAAUUGUUUUACUUUGCAUGUGCAAAUAAUGUUAACAGUGUUAAACAUUUUUGGAUUGUUCAUUAUCAGGUGAUUAAUUAUAAUGAUUACUUGUAGCUAGAUUCAUAACUUGUGUUUAAAUUUGCAUGAAAUUAAUUAAACAAUAAAUCAAAAAUAGGGACAAAUUUCAUGCCAUUUCAGAUAUCCCACCGUACAUCAUUACAUUUUUCAGCUUCAGUGCUGAGUUCCAAGCAAGAUUGUUAUUUUUUUGUAUGAACUUAUGUGAUAUGAAUGAAAUCAGUAUUGAAUACCAGAAUUGUGAUUUAUGAUACAAUGUACAAACAGGUCAUGGAACAAAGAACAUGUUUCGAAAAUCUUUCAAAAGAAUAAAUGAGAUCUUUCAGUUUU